AUGCCUUUUAAAAGAAAUUGGGAUGAAUCGUGUCCUCGAGUUUGGAAUAAAUGGGAGACUAACGGUCAGGAGUGGGUUGUCCAGGACUUGGACCCGAAAGACGAUGAAGAGGCACUUGACAUUUUAUUGGAACAUCUUUGUACUGAUGAAGUUCUUUGCUCCUUAAGCAAACUUUCGGAAGAUGAAGAAAGUAUCGAGGGUAUGAAGAAGUUCUGGGUGCCCUGUAUAGCGCAGAGAAUGAGUCUUGCACUCUACACCUGGGUAGAUGGUAAGAAGAGCCUGGUAGCUUUAAACGUGUGCGUCGUCAUGUCUGAUGGUGAUACUUUUCCAGAUGUUGAGAUUAAAGGUCAGAAAUGGAAGAACGUGUUUAAAGCGCUAGAGUACGUAGAAAUCAAGCGAGAUCCACACAAAUACUUGAAACUGAAUUCACUGUUACAUGCGUUUGGGCUUGUUGUAAAGAGAGACUACAGAGGACAAAGGCUUGGUGCCAAAUUGUUGGAUGCUAGAGAGCCACUAUCAAAAGCACAUGGCAUCAAUGGUACUACGACGGUAUUUACGGGUCCAGCAUCACAGAAAUUGGCGGCUAGCUGUGGUUUCGAAAGUAUUUGCGAAGCAUCCUGGAAGGACCUGGCUGAUUCGGGAUUAGACUAUCCUCCUGAAACUAAUAAAUAUAUUAAACUUAUGGUUAAGCGAUUUGACUAA